AUGGGUGAAAGACUUGAAUGGGUUCAAAUUAUCGAACCAAAAUCCAAGGACGUUAUGUAUGCCAAUCUUGUAACUGGUGAAUGUGUUUGGGAAGCACCACCUGGUGCACGAAUUAAACGUACAGAUGAAAAUCAAUGGUGGGAAUUAUUUGAUGCUAGUACGAAACGUAAUUAUUAUUAUAAUGCAAAAAGUCAAAGAACUGUAUGGCAACGACCACCGGGCGCUGAUAUUAUUCCCUUGGCUAAACUGCAGAUGAUCAAAGAAAACACAGAACCAAAAGAUGAACAAAUAACAUCAACAAUAAUUACUUCGCCAGCAUCAACAAUUAACCAUACGGUUCAACAACAUACAAAUAAUAACAAAUGGAAACAAAUAUCAUUACAAGGUCUUGAUAUAUCACUACAACAAAAUAAAAUAACAUCACCAUCUAAAAUGUCUACACCACCAUUAAAUGCUGCUGCACAUCGAUCUAUUCGUCGUACAGCAACUAUUCUUCAUCCAAAUACUAUACUUACAUCAAGUGUAACUAAUGAUCCACGUCGUACAAUUGCUUGUAACGAUAUAACAUUACCAACUAAUUCAAAUCAAACAAAUAGUUUUUUUCGUCGUCGUACACAACAACAAACAUUUAAUGGACAAUUAGAUAAAUCACCAUCAACAUCUUCAUCAACAAAAUCCUCAUUAGUCGAUGAAAACUCUACUAAAACAUCAUCAACAUCAUUUUCAUUAUUACGACAACAUUCAUCACCUACAAGACCAAAUAUUAAAAUUGAAAAAUCAACAUAUGAUAAUUUAACAAAUGCAACUAUUAAUACUGAUAAUACAAUUAUAUCACCAACAAAUUUCGAAAGAAAAUCAUCUUAUCCAUUAAAUAAAAAAACUAAUCGACAUUUAACAAAUGAUUCUUUAACAAGCGAUGCUUAUGAUAAUUAUCCUGAUAAAAAUGGUUAUGAUAAUUAUCCUAUUAUUCGAAAAGCAACAACAACGAUGACAACAUCACAAAAUGAUUCCGAAGAACGACAAUCAUCAUCCACAUUGGGUACACCAAGAAGUGAUUUUAAUACUAAACGUUCACAAAGUAUUAAUUUAAAAACACCAUUAACAGUAAAAUCAACACCUACUGGAGGCACAACAGAUGAAAAUAAACGUUCAGGUAGUGUACACCAUAGAACAAAUAAGUCUUCAACAACUACAACAACAACAAUGAAAGAUCCACUUUGUAAUUUAAAUGCUGCUAGUUGUUCACCUUUAAAUGAACAUCUCUUUAAUCAAAAUUCACAAGUUCAUCAACAAUCUCCAAUACUUCGUCAUAUUAGUAGUCCAUCUUUACAAAGUUCAACAGUUGGCAUUCCGCAUCAAUCAGUUGUACAUAAUAAUAAUACUAAUAAUAAUCAUGCAAUAGCAAAUAAUUCCAUGGAAUCAUCAACUAUAAUACCUUCGGAAUCAAAUUUUAAUCGCUUGUCAUAUGGACGUAAUCGUGUUCGAAAAAAACAACCACGUACUAAUCCGAAUUAUGUAAAUAUUGAAAUAAAAAGUAAUGAUGGAUCACUUCGUAGUACAUAUAUUCGUAUACAUGAUGUACAAAAACCUAAAACAUCAACAUUAUCAUCAUCUUCAUCAAGUAGUUCAUCAUCAUCAACAAAAAAUCCAUCAAUUGAACAAGAUUCAAUGAUUUCAAAUGCACAUUUUCAUUCACAACCAUAUUUAAAUGAAGCAAAUGAAUAUCUUACAAGUAAUGAUACAAAUCAUAAUAAUGAACGAACAAAAAAAUCUACUCAACGAAUUAAAAAUAAUGAAGAACGAAAUGAAAUCAUUUUACAACAAUAUGAUCAAAAUGAUAAUAAUCAAACAGAUGAUGCGCAUACAUUAACUAAUAAAACAGCUCUUAUGAUGAAACAAUUUGUAACAUGUAAUGAUGAAUUUCUUUUUCACUCAACCACUGACCCAAUGACUAUUAAUUUUAAUGUUGAAAAUAGCAAUAAUGAUAAUAGUGUUGCAACUGGAUGUGGUACUAACUCAAAUACCUCAACACUUUCAUCUCCUACUUUACCUAUUUAUUAUGAUGGCCAUUCAAAUUCACCUCCACUUUCAAAUUCAAUGACACCACAUUCAUUGAAUCGAUCACAUGAGCCCGACUCAUCAUCAUCAAGUUUAAAUCGACCUGUUUCAAUUCAUUUACAUAAUUUAAAUGAUAAUGGAAAUCAAAAUACUCAAACAUCUAUUUAUAAACAAUGGUUAUCAUGUUCUCCAACAAAAGCUCCAGCAGCAAUCGUUGAAAGUGAAUCCGAUAUUUUAUUUCAUGAUAUGUUAAAUUUUAAUACACAUAAACGUGGUUUAUUUGGUAAACGGUUAACACAAGAUGAUUUAUUAUCAUGGUCAAAAGAACCAAUAACAAAACCACUUUUACGUACAAUGGAUAAAGUUUUAAAAAAAGAAGCACCUGAAAUAUUUAAACUUAUACAGACAUAUAUGGGAGACAAAAAAUCUAAACAAAUAGCAUCAUUAAAUACAUGUUUAGAAUUAACAACAAAAGGUUGGAGUUUACCAUCAAUACGAGAUGAACUUUAUUUACAAUUAAUAAAACAAACUAGUUAUAAUAUUAAUGCUGAAAGUUUACAACGUGGAUGGGAACUAAUGGCUGUUUGUCUUUCAUUUUUUCCACCAUCAAGUAAAUUUCAAUCAUUACUUGAAAAAUACAUUUCAUUACAAACGAAUGGUGAUGCUGAUACACCUGAAGUACCCAUAUCAAUUUAUGCGAAUGUUUGUCAAAAACGUUUAGAAAAAAUUCUACAAACAGGUCCUAAAAAAGGAUUGAAAAAACCAACAUUUGAAGAAAUUGAACUUUCAAAACAUACAAUUCAUUUUCCAUCAAUGUUUGGUGCAACUCUUGAAGAAGUAAUGGCUAUGCAACGAACACGAUUUCCUGAAAGACGUUUACCAUGGAUACAAACAAUAUUAUCUGAAGAAGUAUUGAGAUUAAAUGGUGCACAAAUUGAAGGUAUAUUUCGAGUACCUGGAGAUUUAGAUGGUGUUAAUGCAUUAAAAGUAAAAUGUGAUCAAUGGCAAUUACCAUCACUUGAAGAUGCACAUUUGCCAGCAUCAUUAUUAAAACUUUGGUAUCGUGAAUUAUCUGAGCCAUUAAUACCAUCUGUAUUUUAUGAACAAUGCAUACUUAACUGUGAUAUACCAGAAACAUGCAUUCGUCUUGUUAAUUCAUUACCUGAUAUAAAUCGAGCUGUUUUAACAUAUCUCAUACGGUUUCUUCAGGUAUUUGCUGCACCAGAAAAUGUUGUUGUUACAAAAAUGGAUGUAAAUAAUUUAUCAAUGGUAUUUGCACCAAAUAUUCUUCGAUGUGAUUCAGAAGAUGCUAAAGUUAUAUUUGAAAAUGCACGAAAAGAAAUGCUAUUUAUUAAAGUACUUAUAUUAAAUCUUGAUACAAAUUCAAUCGAAGGUGUUAUUUAA